GGGUAACUUGUUAUUUUAAGUACUUGAUAUAAUGUCCGUUGUAAUCACACACAAAGCUUUCACUUCAUUAAGUUUUCACCGUCAAUGGCAGCCACUGAGAAAAUACUGUGAAAGGGCCAAACGUACGUUUUGCUCUAUGUAUUUAUAUUAAAAGGUAAUAAUUUAUGUAUCGUGAAUCUUCACUAUUCUUAUAUAUGGUGUAUAUCCAUUUUUCAUAGUUCUUCCCGAGCGCUUACAUGUUUUGCAUUUUCUCAUUUUUGUCUCCCGAGUUCACUGAAAUCAUUUUCUUGUUUGUUCAAUUCCACCGAUCCAAGAUGGCAAAGAACUUGUUGGAAAUUGUGACUUUCCUGAGACGUCGGGGUGUAUCAGAGGAAACAAUCAAUUGGAUUGAACAGCAAAAGAUUGACAGCGAGGUCAUCCUACUAAUGGAAGAUGCUCAACUGGCGAAUUAUCUCCCAUCAUAUGGAGACAGGAUUGCUCUCUUUAACUUUUGCAAGCACCAACCACAGUCAUCAAAGCGAAAGCAGGGACUAUUUGAAAAGCUAAGUGAGAAGCUCAAACUUAGAAAGGAAAACCGUACAGAGAGUGAGGAAGCAAACACCUCCAAUAAAACAAAAAGACCUAAACCAAAAACAAGAAAGAUUGAAAUUGGGUGGAUUCACACUGAAGGCCAACUGACCAAACAAAUCCGAACAAAACAAGGCGGAGGGACAAGAAAGAUUUCAAUUCAAAGUGAGGAAGGUUAUAGUGAGAUACUAAAACAAGGAAAGUCACUUUUCUUUCCAGAUGGCGUAUCAACAAAAGGUCCCGAAUGCAAUUUUGUUUUUGACGUUUGGGAUUUCAAGCAUAAUCCUUUUCCUAAGGAUUUCUCCAUUGAACAGGUAUAUGAACUUGUUAAACUCCCAAUUCUACGCUUUUACAUCACAACAUAUCCCAAAUCAGAGCCAACAGAAGAUUCUGAUGUAACAGAAGAAUCAGACAGAGACCUGAUGAUUGCUGAUGAGCCAGACAUUGGACUGUCAAUAGACAUAACUGAUGAAGUAUAUUUGACAGAAAUGUCCCAUGACUCCCUUCCAGAUGUGUUAAUUGUUUCCAGUGAAACCGUCACAGAAACUUCAGCAACAGAAAACUGUGAGAGUUCAAGCCAAGAAAAUAGAACCCGUGUCAUUGGUGAUCCUCUGGCUUUCCCUACAAAUACCAACUAUGGGGCUCUGGAAGAUGACCCUGAAAUCAUAUUUGGUGCAGCUCAAACAGUGAGUGAUGGCACACUUAGUGACACACUGAUCUAUGAGCCAGAUGAGCUACCUCAAGGCCCUCUUGAUGUUCCUGACAUGUGCUUGUUCUUGCACCAUACGAACAGCUUCAAUGAAAUGAUUGGGACAUUUUCAGACCCUGAAAUUUUGGGUAAAAAAUUAAAAAUCAGACGUCUACUACCUGACAAUUCUGUUGAGAUGGGUAGUGGUUCAGGUGUAGUCAGAGAUGUAUUCUCUAGCUUCUGGGCAGAAUUUUAUGAACGCUGUACUCUUGGAACAACUUGGAAAGUUCCCUUUGUCCGGCAUGAUUUCAGUGCUGCUACAUGGAAAUCAAUCGGGAGAAUUCUUCUAAAGGGAUUUCAGGACUGUCAAUACUUGCCAAUAAAACUUGCCCCUCCUUUCCUUGAGAUGUUAUGUACGAUGUUAUGUAACUAUGUUACAGUUACAGCACCAUACUUACAGAGGUGACAGUUUUACUGUUACAUGUAUCCAGUAUAUAUCACAUUACGAUGUUAUGUACGAUGUUAUGUAACUAUGUUACAGUUACGGUACCAUCUUUACAGAGAUGACAGUUUUACGGUUACAUGUAUACAGUAUAUAUCACGUGACGAUGUUAUGUAACUAUCUUACAGUUAAUCUUCUUUAAAGAAGACCAGUAUUACAAUGCUACAUGUAAACAGUAUAUGUAACUGUGUUACAAAUCAUUCUUAUUAUUUACAAUUUACCAUUAUUUACCAUGUUAUAUGUAUAUUUAUGUAACAUUGACUUGGUAAUGUAACUGUUUAACAGGUAAUUAUGCUAUUUACAGAUAACGUGAAUCAUUGCUUUAAAUUUCACUGCUUCUUUCUUGAGGACCUUGGCUGAGUGAACAUUUCAAAGGGUCGCUCGCAUGUGUUUGUUUUUUUCCACAAGUUCCAUUUACUUUAUAUGUUCAAUAAAAGGUU